CUGGCGUCGACUGGCGUCGUCUGGCGUCAUCAGUCCGGCAUCCUCUGCGGCAUUCUCUUCUUCGUCGUCGACGACGACGACUGCGGACUCGGUUUGCAGAGGAGCGAGGUGGCAUUGGCUGUGUCGGCUGAUGCCUGAGCCAGAGAUUCCAAAAUGGACAACGGUGAUUUUCAUUUCCUGGGCUUUAAAGAAGCUGUUGAAAACCUAAUUGCAAGAGACGUUACACCUAGCACACAUGAGGCAAUUGAGAGAAUCUUCAUGGAUAUAGGGAAUAUCAACAGAGAGUCUAUGGCUGACAUACAGGAUUGUCAGAUUGAAGAAAUGGCAGUAAACCUGUGGAACUGGGCAAUUACCAAGAAAAUAGGUUUGGUGAUAAAUGAAGAACAGAAAGCUAAAUUGCGACAUGUUGCUUGCAAGUUGAUUUGCAUGUGUGAACACCCAGAUGCAUCAGAAGAAGCCAUUCAAAGACAAAUUUUGAUGAAUAUGAAAACAGGAAGAGGGUGGGUGAAUGUUGGAAAUAUGGUGCUUGCUGAUGAUUUUUUUCAAUCUGCCAUGACUAGUCUGGAGCAGUUAUAUUUCAAAUUAACUCAGAGGAGCCCCACUGAGGAACAUGUGAUUAUGCAGAAGACUGCUGUGGAGAGGGACCUUUUGAAAGUGCUUUCUUACCAAGCAGAGGCAGCAGUUGCUCAAGGGGAUUUUCAAAGAGCAUCUGGUUGUAUACUACGCUGUAAAGAUAUGUUGAUGAGGCUUCCCCACAUGGCUUGUUAUCUUCAUGUUGUCUGUUACAACUUUGGAAUACAAACCUACAGGCAGAAUAAAUAUGAAGAAAGUUCUUUCUGGCUUAGCCAAAGCUAUGAUAUUGGGAGGACAGACAGGAAUUCUGUUGAGCCAGAAAUGCUGGCUAAAGUUCUGCGGUUACUAGCCACCGUUUAUUUGGAUUGGGACAGCAGCGAAUAUUAUGAUAAGGCUCUCAACAUUAUAAACCUAGCAAACAAGGAACAGUUACAUCCAGUUGGGCUUUUCUUAAAGGUGAAAAUCCUCUUGAUGGGUGAAAUAACUAAUGAAGAACUUUUUCAAGCUGUUAUGGAAAUUCUACGUUUUGGCAUGUCUAUGAACUUCUGUCUGAAUAUUGCUAAACUGCUGAUGGAUCAUGAAAGAGAAUCUGUUGGAUUUUAUUUCCUGAAGAUUAUCUGUGAACAUUUUAAGUCAUCAGAAGAUACUAGUAAAGCUCAACUACUCCACAUUGACAUGCUUUUACAAAGGAAGGAAGAAUUGUUUGCAAAGGAGAAGAUUGAAGAAAUCAUUAUAGGUCACCAAACAGGAAAACCACUGGCAUCAGAAUUAAUAGGCUAUUUCCACAGCAUUAUUUGGAAACAAGCUGCCAGAAGUUACGAGGUACAAAAUUUUGAUGAUGCUUUGCACUGGUACUGUUAUUCUCUGAGAUUUUAUGCAGCUGAUCAAUCUGAUCUGGACUUGGCCAAGCUACAGAGGAACAUGGCUUCUUGUUACCUGCAUUUGGGACAAUUUGAUAAGGCUAAAAAGGCAGUUAUAGAAGCUGCACAACGUGAUCCUAGAAAUAUUUUCACUCAGUUUUAUAUAUUCAAGAUUUCAAUCGUGGAGGGCAACUCUGGCAGAGCUUUGCAGGCAAUUAUCACUUUAGAGUAUCUAUUAAUGACUCAAGAGCAACAUGAGAAUAAUGUAUCUACAAAGAGAAGUUCAGGUGUCAUGCUUCUCAGUUUGGCUGCCCAGUUUGCUCUAGAGAAUGGCCAAGAAGUUGUAGCAGUAAAAGCUUUGGAAAAUUUAGCUAAACUUUCGGAAGACCCGCAACAAGUUCUUACAGCUUUAAAGUGUUUGCUUCGUCUUUUCCUUCCAAGAGUUUCUCAAAUGCCAGAAUCUGAAAACAAGAAGAAUGAAAUGAAUAGACUUUUGACUUACUUCAGUACAGCACUCCUGAAACUUCCUCAGUUAUUUGAAGGAGAAGCCUGGCCUUUAAUCUCUAAGAUUAAUGAAGCUCAUUGGUUUCGAAAAACAGCUUGGAACUUGGCUGUGCAAUGUGAGAAAGAUCCACUGUCAAUGAGAGAGUUUUUUGUGCUUUCUUAUAAGCUGUCCCAGUUUUGUCCUUCCGAUCAAGUAAUUCUGAUUGCACAGAAAACAUGUUUACUCAUGGCAGCUGCAGUUGAUCUAGAGCAAGGGAGAAAAGCUUCAACAGCUUUGGAACAGACCUGCUUACUAAAUCGUGCACUUGAUCUGAUAUGUAAAUGCAGAGACGUCUGGAAUCUCCUGAAAACAACAGGGGACUUCUCAGGUGAUCCAUGCGAGACAUUGCUUCUGCUGUAUGAGUUUGAAGCGAGAGCCAAACUGAGUGACCCAUUACUGGACCAUUUCCUGGCACCAAUGUGGGAACUACCUCAUUUAGAAAGUAAAACAUUUGAAACAAUUGCAGCAUUAGCAAUGGAAAUGCCUGCAUGCUAUCCUUCUAUUGCUCUGAGGGCCUUGAAAAAGGCUUUGUUUUUCCACAGAAGGAAAGAAUCAAUUGAUGUUUUGAGAUACAGCAAAUGUAUGCACAGCUUGGUUAACCUCUUAGUGCCAGAUGGGGUGCCGAAUACAGAACUCUGUCCCAUGGAAGAAAUUUGGGGCAGUUUUGAAGAUGCUCUGAUCUUUAUUAGCCACACCGAAGGCUACCCAGAAAUGGAGAUUGUCUGGCUGAUGAUCAAGUCCUGGAAUAUUGGCAUAUAUCUGUACAGUAGACGCAUGUAUGUAUCUACUGAAAAAUGGUGCGGCCUGUCACUGCGUCUCCUUGACUACCUUGGCUCCCUCAAGAGCACCUAUGAAACUCAGGUGAAUAUUCUGUACAGUGAGCUUGUGGAAGCACUAGAUAGAAACAAGGGCUCAGCUUUUAAUGAAGAGUGAGAACUGCUGGAACAAGAUAUAUACACUGGCAAGCUGACAGCAACUUGAAGAUGUGUGGUUCUAAGAUGUUGAAUGUUUAAAUUCUUAACAAACUUGCUGUUUUGCUUGUUUUUUCCUGCCCUGUUUUCAUGUUGUUAAGUGAAAUUUCCAAAAAUAAAAGCAUUUUGACUUUUA